GAACGGUUAACAGGAAUGUUACGUUUUCUCUCCUUUUUGGUGUUGCAGUCAGAAAAUAUUGUACUUGCAGAAAAGCACAAAAUCGAAAAGGAGCAAAAUGCUCAACUUAGAAAUCAAGUUGCUCAUCUUCUGCAAUUGGACCAAGAUCAAAAAAUGCAGAUACAACAACGAGAUUCAACCAUUCAGGCACUACAGGCCAAAGUAAAGAGCCUUGAACAACUGAAUGAAGUCCAUCACUCUGGUUGUGUGGGGUCAACAAUUGCUUCAGAGACUAGGUCUUCUGAUGGUAUCUCAGUUAUGAAGGCAGCAGGGGACAGCAUGGAUUCUUUGGCAGUUACCCAGAAACUUGAAGAGGAGCUAUCAAAGCGGGAUGCACUUAUUGAGAGGUUGCAUGAGGAAAAUGAGAAGCUAUUUGUUAGAUUAACAGAGAAAGCUAAAUUUGGUGGAUCUCCCCAGGUUUCAAGUCCUUCCACCAGAGAAUUGUUGGAUCUUCAAACUCGGGACUCGGGAAGGAGUGAUAACAGAAAAGGACAUUCUCCUGAUGUUCUUCCCUUGCCAUCAGCCACAGAUAAGAUCGAUGGCACAGUUGCUCUGGUUAAAUCAGGCAAUGAGAAAGUAAAGACUACGCCAGCUGGAGAAUAUCUUACCUCUGCACUGAUGGACUUUGAUCCUGAACAAUAUGAGAGCCUUGCAACUGUUGCUGAUGGUGCAAACAAGCUUUUAAUGCUGGUCUUGGCUGCAGUCAUCAAAGCAGGGGCUGCAAGAGAGCAUGAAAUACUUGCUGAAAUCAGAGAUGCUAUAUUUUCAUUUUUCCGGAAGAUGGAGCCAAGGAGGGUAAUGGAUACAAUGCUUGUUUCUCGUGUUAGAAUUCUAUAUAUAAGAUCUUUGAUUGCUAGAUCACCCGAGCUGCAAUCCAUCAAGGUUUCUCCAGUUGAACGCUUCUUAGAGAAGUCUAAUACUGGUCGCAGUAGAAGCUCCAGUCGGGGCAAUAGUCCUGGUAGGUCUCCAGUACCUUAUGAUUCCAUCACAAGGAGCUCUCUGGUUGAUGAGCACUUUCAUGGAUUUAAAGUAAAUAUAAAGCAAGAAAAGAAGUCUAAGCUCUCAUCGGUUGUUUUGAAGCUCCGAGGAAUUGAUCAGGAGGCAUGGAAGCAGCAUAUUACUGGUGGAAAGUUAAGGGAGCUAACGGAAGAAGCCAAAACUUUUGCAAUUGGGAACAAGGCUCUUGCAGCUCUCUUUGUUCAUACUCCAGCCGGUGAGCUGCAACGCCAAAUUAGAUCUUGGCUGGCAGAGAACUUUGAGUUUCUUUCUGUUACUGGCAGUGAGGCCAUAGGGGGAACAACUGGACAGCUGGAGCUUCUUUCAACAGCCAUUAUGGAUGGUUGGAUGGCUGGUCUUGGUGCAGCAUUGCCACCCAAUACUGAUGCUCUAGGACAACUUCUGUCCGAGUAUGCCAAGCGGGUUUAUACUUCUCAAUUACAGCACUUGAAGGAUAUUGCUGGUACCUUGGCAACAGAAGAAGCAGAAGACUCUGCACAAGUAGCUAAGCUUCGUACUGCACUUGAGUCUGUUGAUCAUAAGAGAAGAAAGAUUCUGGAACAAAUACGAAAUGAUGCAGCUUUACUAAUGGUAGGACAAGGUGGUUCGCCUAUUCAAAAUCCUUCCACUGCAGUGGAAGAUGCACGGCUGGCAUCUCUGAUAUCCCUUGGUGGCAUAUUAAAAGGAGUCAAGGACAUAAUCAGACAGGCCUCUGUAAACUCACUAACCAAAAGUAAGAAGAAGGCCCUACUUGCUUCUCUAGAUGAUCUUGCAGGACAGAUGCCUUCUCUUCUUGAGAUUGAUCAUCCUUGUGUCCAGAGACAAAUUGCUAAUGCUCAUAGUAUGGUUGAGUCCGUUCCAGAACAAGAUGACCAUCUUCAAGAAGAAGCACAUGCUCUCCAUCCACCUGCAGAUUGGGGGCUAGGGACAGAAACAGAUGUGUCACAGUGGAAUGUCCUGCAGUUCAACACAGGCUCGACUACCCCCUUCAUCAUAAAAUGUGGAGCAAACUCUAGUUCUGAGCUGGUCAUCAAAGCGGAUGCUCGAGUGCAAGACCCCAAAGGUGGUGAGAUUGUGCGGGUUGUCCCAAGGCCAAGUGUUCUGGCAAAUAUGAGCUUGGAGGAGAUGAAACAGGUACUUGCUGAACUCCCUGAGGCUUUAAGUUUGCUUGCUCUAGCAAGGACAGCAGACGGAACCCGAGCUCGGUAUUCUAGAUUGUACAGGACUCUGGCAAUGAAGGUUCCCUCAUUGAGAGAUGUAGUCAGUGAACUUGAAAAAGAGGGAGUAAUGAAAGAUGUAAAGUGAAUAGGUGCUAAGGGUGGAUUGUUUGAAGAUCUCCAUGUUUGCUUUUAACGGAUGGCACCUUCAGAUAAUCAAAUGGGGAACUGUGAAUAUAAUUUGGACCAGUUGUCUAUACAGAUGCUCUUUGUUAUCCUGGUGAAUCAGGGAGCUGUUAAUAUCAGGUCUGUUGUCUAAAUAUGGUGGAAAUUGGUGGUAUGUAUUUAGAUUAUCUGUUCUUGGCAAUUAGGUAUACUGUAUCCUGAUACAGUUGCUUGGACUGUUUGUUUACACGGUGUAUUGGUGGUCAAUGUUGGCAAUUUUGAUGGGGGGUUGUUUUAUGUGGUUAUGCAUUAUAUUAUUUUUGGAUAGCAGUUGUAUCGUUAUGUAAUCCAAUGUUUAAUCAGGCGGCUGUUUACAUCAUUUUGGUCAGUUUUCAAACAGCGGAACUGUAAUAGUAGUAUUUUCUCCACGAUUUAUUUUUUGGCAAUGUAGUAUUUUGUAUCAUACUGAUUUGUU